CUGAAAACAUGGCGGAGAUUAGCCAAGCCACUCGUUAUGCGUCGAUGGUUAUGGGCGCAAUAUUCCUUCUUUCGGGGACUGUCAAGUUGAUAAAUAUCAACAAUGAUGUCUACACGUUUAUGAGUGCUGAAUUCAAGAAGUUUGCCUCCGUCUUCCCUUUCCGGCCGAUGGGAAUAAAGCCAUCCCCCUCAGUAUUCAAGACAGCUGUUGGUAUCGCAGAAGUAAUACCUGCUUUGAUACUGAUUUUUGGAUCAACUCGUUUAAAGAAAUACGCCAUCUUUGUUUUGAUCAUCAUCAUGGUUGGAGCAAUGCAGACCUUAUUUUGUCUGAAAGAAUUUACCCAGGUAUUGGUGCCAUUUUCCCACCUUCUCAUCCUCAUCUGGAUCCUGUUCUCCUACAAUCAUGAUCUCAAAGGCACCAAGCAGGACUAGACAUCAACUGGAGACAGAUCAUCAAGUCAACUUUCCAUGAACAUUCGAAUUAUAUCACAAGUGAACUUCUCUUUCAAAGACACUCCUUCAGAGUUCAACAAAUACUGUCCUUUAUAAGGAUUUUACACGUGGAGCCUACUGAUAACAUCAUGACCAUUUGUUUUUAGCAGUGGGUUGAGUGUCCUGGCCCUUUCUGUGUACAGAAUUAUUUACAUUGUGUAUUUACAAAACUGCUAUGUACAGAAUUGCGUGCAAUCAGUACUGUAUUAUGUCAAUAAGUUCAAUGAAGUGCAUAUUUCGUAAGGGGUCGUACUUUAAGUAAGUAAAUUUUCAGGAUCCCUCUUUCCUCUAUACGCAAAAUAUCUUUCAAAAUGUACAGCGUGCACAAGUGACCCACUGAUUUCUUGCUCUCUGCUUCACCCUCAGAUGUGUCGCACUUUAAGAAUGACCUCUUUAUCAAAAAUCUGUCAGACAUUUGGGGGAGUUGCCAGUUUAAACUGGUGCAGUAUUAAGUAACGUCACAUUGGGUGACUUUGAACCCCUCCCCCAGGAAGACUUUUUGUGAUGAGAAACAUGUAGCCUACUGUUCAAAGUUAGCCCAUUGUUCAAAGUGAGUUCUUUUACGUUGUGGGUGUGACUAAUCUCCAGUUUUAUCAUAUUAUGAUAAAACUGGAGAUUUUUCGGAGCAGUCAACUCCAGAGCCAAGGUGAGGCAACAUGGCAUCGAUAGGAUGUGCUCUUACUAGGCACCACUGAGUCCGUAGCUUUCUUGAUGUCAUAUCUGAAGCUGACCCCAUAUAUAAGUUGGCCACCCGCUGCCCCACAACAGCUCCUCCACCAGAGGCCCUGAUCAGGAAAGAGACGAAAUGGUUGUGGUAUUGACAACUUCGUGACAUUUCUGCAAUAUGUGUACAUGUAUGUAAUAGUAUCAUAUUUUUGUA